AUGUCUUCCCUGUCUCGUCGUGCGUGCUUCAAGUGCGGAAACGUUGGCCAUUAUGCCGAGGUUUGCUCUUCCUCUGAGAGGCUGUGCUACAACUGCAAGCAGCCAGGCCACGAGUCUAACGGAUGCCCGCAUCCCCGCACCACCGAGACCAAGCAGUGCUACCACUGCCAGGGUCUCGGACACGUUCAGGCUGACUGCCCAACUCUGCGUCUGAGUGGAGCCGGCACCAGCGGACGCUGCUACAGCUGCGGUAUCGCUGGCCAUCUUGCCCGCAACUGCCCCAACCCUGGAAUGGGUCGUGGAGCUGGCGGUCCUCCUCGUGGCGGCUAUGGAGGAGGUUUCCGUGGCGGUUUCGCUGGUGGCGCUCGCCCGGCCACUUGCUACAAGUGCGGUGGACCUAACCACUUUGCCCGUGACUGCCAGGCCCAAGCUAUGAAGUGCUACGCCUGCGGCAAGCUUGGCCACAUCUCCCGCGACUGCACCGCCCCCAACGGCGGCCCCUUGAACACUGCUGGCAAGACUUGCUACCGUUGCGGUGAGACCGGCCACAUUUCCCGCGACUGCACUCAGGCUGAGGUCAACGGCGACGCUACUGCCGCGCCUGCUGCUGCCGCUGCUGCUGCUGCUGCUCCCGUCCCGGCCGCUGCUCCCACCGCUGCUGUCGCCUAA